UUGACCAAACACUACACCAGCUGAUUUCACUUGUCUUUGAUUGAAGGUGUGCUGUUCAGCUGCUCUUUGGUCCUGUUCAAAGACCCAGGUUUAGUUUUCUUUAGAACAUUCCUGAACCCGGAAAAAGGACUUAUAUCCAGGGCUGAGCGCUUUAGGUCCACAUCUGCACUGAGUGACACUGAGCCAGCGCUACUCUGUGUGUGGGACUUGACUCUCCAACCAACAAGAUGCACAACAGGACCGAGGGGUUUGGAGGUCAGCUACAUCAGCGAGGUCUGUUCAGGAAGGGCACCACCUACCUGGCCAAGAUCGCUGUCGUCCUCCAAGACGCUCCAGGCAAGAUGCUCACUUUUACUCGGUUGAUGGACAGACUGGCACCACUAAUCCUGGAAGACAGAAAAUCUGUUGAGAACAACAUCAGAGUCUGUUUAUCAACCCACACGUGUUUUGUCAAGAUUCCAGUGAUCCCAGAUUCACGGGACAGUAAGAGGAACUACUGGAAACUGGACUCCAGUCAGAUCACAGCAAAGAUGGUGCGUCGUCACUUCAAAGGAAUCCUGCAGCUCUUCCCUGAGUUGGCCUCCAAAGUGGAAACGGAGAACAUGAGCAGACCAUCAGAGCACUGCUCAGCUCCCCGCUCUCCUGAGCCUGCGUCCUGCAAAGCUGUUCAGAUCCGAUGUGAGCUGAAGUUCAGCAGUCCUUUCUCCAUCGAAUCCCUCCUGAAGAGAGAAAGUCCCUCAGCUCGGCCCCCCGCAGCUUCUCUUCCGUCCAGAGUGCCGGUCAGAGCGGAGCAGCAGCCUUUGCCCACACACAGACAAGUCGGGACAAAGAGGAGCUUCAGCUGGGACUCUGAGGAGCCUCUCCUCCUUCAGGCUUCUCCUGGAAGUUUCCCCAUCCGUUCAAUAGGGGGCAGCGCACUCCAUGGACUCACUGCUAAUGGCGCUGCUGAGCCCACCGAGGAGAUGCAUGUGAGCACAGAGCCUUCAUUCCCCAUCUACACAAGAGCUGCUCCUUAUUUCACCAGCCCACAUAGCGGUUACAUCACUUACCCUGUACCAGCAUUUACCCGUGAUGUUCUCCGUUUCUGGCUGUGAUGUGUUUUAUACCUGACCUGACAGCUUUCUGGAGCACUUUAUUUUUUCAAUAAAAUGUUAAAAAAGAUUUACAAAAUAGUAUUGGUUAGACACCGAGGUCACUGAGAUUUGAAACACUUGACAUUAUCCAGGGUUCUCUAAUAUUCUCAUUAUUUUAUACACAGCAUCACGUUAUCAUGUUCCACAGCUGAAUAUUCUUGGUGUCAGACUAUAGCCAUACCUCCCCUGGUAGGAGAAGCAUUUUAAUGGCGGGAAAAGGUUGUACUUUCUAGCCACAACACUCUGAUCUCUGUGCUCAAUCUGUUACUUUGUGUUCAAACAUUCAGUGAGUGUUUUUGAUCAGUAAACUCUUCCACUGCUCCUUAGUGGUGGAAGGAGUGCUCUGAUUUAUUAAUUGAAUAAAAGUUGUAAUAAUGACAAGUAAAAGUCUUGCAUUCAAAGUUUUACUUAAGUACACAAGUAUCAGCAAAUGUACUUAGGUUUUCAAAAGUAAAUUUACACAUGCAGAAUAGCUCCUUUCAGAGUGUGAUAAUAGUGUAGAUUAUUAUUAUUAUAUAACAUAAUUAUUUGGUAGAAGCUACAGAAUAGUAGCUACUGUAUUAAAUUGAAAAUGAAAUUA